CUUGGUUAUAAGAUUCUUAUAAGAUCUUGCAAGAUUCUUACAAGAUCUUGUAAGGUUUUGGUAAGAUUCUUGUAAGAUCUUAAAAGGUCUUACAAGAAUCUUGAUUAAGAUCUUUUAAGAUCUUACAAGAUCUUUGUUAAGAUUCUUGUAAGAUCUUGGAACUUAUCUUGUAAGAUCUUGGUUAAGAUUCUUACAAGAUCUUACAAUAUUCUGACAAGAUCUUGUAAGAUUCUUACAAGAAUCUUACAAGAUCUUACAAGAAUCUUAAUAAGAUACUUGUUAAGAUCUUGGUAAGAAUCUUAAUAAGAAUCUUUUUAAGAUCUUAAUAAGAUUUCCACCUGGGUAAGGUUUUAUGUGCUCUAGACCUCCUAAUGCAGGUGUUUGCAGACAAAUGCCAACAUCCUGGGUGCCAGCAGCAAACCAGGGUUGAUCACACUCUUUGUGUGUUAGUAAAAUGGACAUGCCCUCUCAGGCAUAAAGGCAGGUUUUGGUCGUCUAGAAAAGCUGAUGGUGUUCUCGUCAAUAACCUCCUGACCUCUGCUGCCAUAUUGUUGUCCAGUUGCAGUUUCAUCAAAGUAGCUAAGAUGGCUAAGUUCCUGGGCCUUUCUUUCCCUUCAAAGUCCACCUUCUUUAGGGUGCAGAGGCUGUAUGUGAUUCCUGCUGUAACAGAAUGGUGGAAGUGGCAACAGGAAAAAAUAUUUGAGGAGUUGAAGGAUCAGGAGCUUGUUGCCGCAGGCGAUGGUCAAUGUGACUCCCCUGGAUUCACGGCAAAGAAUCUUUGUUACUACCCUAUGGAUGUAACAACAUCGUACAUAAUUGAGCUUGAGGUCUUGAACAAACAUGAGACAGACAUGAAGUCAGUCACAAUGGAAAAGCAGGCCCUUCAAAACGAUUACUGGCAAAAACUAGCUCUUAUGAGGAAGAAUAGCGAUGAAAAGGGAAUCAAUGAUAUUCAGAUACAGGGGCUUUGAAAUUUGUGGUUGAACUAUGCCAAUAGAUGUCAUUAAUAGUUGUGUAUCAAAACCAUAGCAUACCCAGCUUUGAAAAUGUUUUAGGUCGUGCUUUUUGUUUCAAGUUUUUUCUCAUCAAUUAAACCAAACCACUAAUGUGUUAGCUGUGUUGUCAUUUCCAUAUUUUUACCAACAAAUUCUGCUGUUAGUUACAACUCAUGCUUUUUGCCUGUGGGUUUUCAAUGCUUUCUACUUAUCAAUGAACUCAAAUAGUUUACUUUGUAUUUUGUAAACAUACUAAACUAUUUGCCUUUUAUUGUAGCUGAUGUUUUUAGACCGAUAUUCCACUCACUUGAUGUCUGGCAAAGUCAAAAGGAAUCUGGAAGUGUCUGUCAAAUGUGAGUUAGAGUUGAUAUUAUAUUGACAGUGGUCACAAAGAACAAAAAGAUAUUGAAGGUAAUUCCAAUUUAUCAUCUUUUUUAAAGUAAUUAAUAACAGGGCCGUCAGUAAGAGGCAAUGGGCAGCGGAUUUUCUCUAGCUACUAUGAAUGUGGCCCGCGGGUACCCUCAAAGGAAAAAAGAAGAAAAAUGGAACCAAAUGAACCCCCCCUCCUACCUCCAUGUAAACAGGGUCUGUUUACAUGGAGGUGGGGGACCUCAGAUAUGUGAGGGAAAAUGUGGUGGGUCACCCCACCUAUCAUAAGUAAACUGUGAUCAAAUUAAAAUGAGAGAUUAUAUGGACAUUAGAGGGAUACUCCACCGAAGCGAGUUACCUCACGUACCUGGGGUUCCCCACCUCUAUGUAAACAGACCCUAUGUCAUUAUCAUCUUGUUAUAUCCGUUUCUAUGAAAUUUUACUAUUAUAAAAACAGAAUACCUGGAUCUCACUAUUACACCAUGUGUGCAAUCAACAUGAGAGCAGGGCUGAUGACCAUGAGCCAAUCACUGAUGAAACCCACCAGCUUCCAUGGUUUGACAGGAGACCCAAAGAGUUUGAGGCACCACAAAAAAUUAUCCUGGAUCCUGACCUUCUUGAAAGUUUUAAGUACUACAUCAGAUUCAGGUAUAUGAGGGGAACCCUGUUUUCAUAAGAAAGACUAAAUAUAUUUCUUAUUUCAAUACGUUGGUUUAUUCAAAUACAAUGUUAAUGGAUGAAUGUUAUGGUCUUCAAAUAAAAAAUAUUUUGGUUUGUAUUCCUGUCUGGUUGGUCCGUGGCAAAAGAAAUGUGUGGAGGAAACUUUAAAGAAUAAUGUGUUAAUGAAUACCAUUUCAAUAACUCCGAGCAGCCCCAUUCAUUAAACUAAGCUCAGUGACAUUAAUGUUGUCAAGCUUAGGCAAGGGUUUAUUUUUUAUUGCCACUUUGGACCUUGUGAAAACCUUCUUAAGGUGUUGGCCAGCCUCUAAAUGCCUUUCUAUGUCAAGCUCAAUUCAUUGCCUUUCUAUGUACAUUUUAAAUUAUAUUUUGAAGAAAUAUCUUCCUCAAAGGGAAGAUGAUUAAAGGGAUAGGUCUAACCAUGUUUCUCAAAAUAUUUAUUUUACUUUUAGGCAUACAGGUGCAUUAGGACGAGCCAACUCUCUGUCGUUGAUGUACGCCAGCAAGAGAAUUUCCUACACGUAAGUACCGACACUUCAUAGUUAAAAGGUUACAAUAAUUAUGUUUACAGCAGCAGUAGUUCUGACCUUUACUGACAAACAAAUAGCUAGCCUGGCAAUUUAUGUUGAAAGAAUAUGGUUGAUGGUUGGAAGCUUGAGGCAGGGUGCCUUUUUUUCCUCUUUUUAUAUAUCUGUCUGGAUUUGUUAAAACGUGGCUAAAGAAAUUUCAAGUGCAUUUUAACUAUUUGACAUCUAAGUGGAAUGGGAAGCAGUUAAAUAAUGACAACAUUAUUGCUGGCAAUAGGCGGUAAAGUUCUCUCUCAGAAGUAAGAGGAUUUUGUGAUGAAAUAAACAACAUUUGAAACGUCCAGAAAUUGUAAUCUUUUUUAGUCAGUCAAACCGUGAGGCCCACACCUCAGUGUCGGCCAAAAACAGAUUAUAAAGAAUCCACAAUCUUUGAGCACAGAAUAGGCUUUCUAAGACAAAAUCACCUAAACUAAACACUCACGAAGCAUUUUUUUUUUUUUUUUUUUUUGUAUUUUAAUGAAUUUUUUUUUUUAAAAUUUUUUACAUUUUUUUUACAUUCUGACUUAUGAACACGGAACACGUAAAGAAAAGAUACAAAAAACGGAAAGGAAAACUAAACAUUAUACAUCGCAGACUAACACACAAUUACAUACUUACAAAAAAGAAAACAAACGAAACAAAAACCCAGUACCUUCUUUUCUGUUUACAUGAAAAAAAAAAGUAAAAUAAAAUAAAUAAAUAAUAAAGAUUAAUAAUAAAUAAAGUAAGCGGAGAAGAGAUCGUAUGCUAAUCAGUUUUAUAUUUGCCCCAUUUCAUAUUGUGGGUCUCCAACUUAUUGUUUGACUCAGCGAUCAUUGUCUCUAUUAAGAAGACAGUAUUAAUUUUGGAAUGAAGAACUCUGAUGGAGGGAGGAUAUUUGUUCUGUCUACAAGAGUAUAGAUAUUGUUUUGCCAGUAAUAAAAUAUGAUUCACAAAUAUCUCAUCCUCACAUCCAAUAAUACCAAACAGUAUAUCUUUGUCUGAAAGAUUUUCAAUCUUGACCUUAUGAUCAACAAGCCAUUUUAUAACCUCAGACCAGAAAUUCUCAGUAUAAUGACAAGACAGGAAGAGAUGUUCGAGGGAUUCGUCCGAUUCACCACACAAGGAGCACGCUGGAGAUGGUAUAAUACCAAUUUUGCAUAAGAAGGUAUUUGUCACAAGGCAUCUGUUUAAUAAUUUAUACUGAAAUUCGCGAGUCUUUGUAUCUAAGGCAACACGAUAUGGCAAGCUAUAGAUCUUUUUCCAGUUCAAAGUAUCAUUGACAAAAUUAACAUCAAACUUUAGUUUAGCAGUUGGUGGAGUGACGAUUCUGUUUCGAAGUUCUUUAUAGACAAUUUUCGAAUACGCUUUUUCAAGUAAAACAAUUUGACCACUUAAGCGUAACUUAAUCUCAUCACGCAAAUUGAAUGGUGUGUCACCUGUAUAGAUGCAGGAUUUCAACGAUUCACGCCAUUGAGUUGGUAGAGCGUCUAUUAAAGAGACAAGCCUAAAAGCAUCCAGCGGCGAAAGGUUCAAGACUCUCAACUCGCUUUUGAUUACAAGUUCAUGUUUAUUCGAGAUUAAAUCACCCACUCGAAAGAUCCCUUUCUCAGCGAGAUUUCGAAAACACACAGACUUGUCACCAACACAAAUAAAUUUGUUGUUCCAUAAGAUAACUUUUGACAAGUCUUUUCCAUUUAAAUCCUGUAUAUUUAAAUUAUUUACCGCAGAGCACUUUGCAAAAGAUUUUAAGCAUUCUUCAUAAAAGGCUGGUAAUUUGAUAGUCAAUUUCUUCAAAUCAAAGUCGCAACAUAAGACUAAUUUACCACCAACAGGUUUCAGAUAAUGCAAAAGGAUUAUUUUCCAUCCACUCGGUUGAUCAUUUGCCAAUUUCUUGCAGCAAAGUAUUCUUUGUGUUUCAAUUAUGGAGUUUAAAUGUGGGGCUUUAAGUCCUCCAUCUUCGAUAUCACUGAUAAGUGCAGAGCGUUUAACUUUAUCCUUUCCUUUCCAUAUAAAAUCAAAGAUAAUUUUGGUUCGCUUCUUUCACAAAUUCUUUAUCCAAUGAUAUCAAGCUCGUGCGAUAUAAGAAGAUAGGGAUAAUAAAGGUUUUGACAAUUUGAAUUCUCCCUAUGAUAGUCAAAUCCCUCCACCUCCAGAUUCGUAGCUUAAGUUGGAUGGAGCUGAUUAAUUCAUUGAUGUUUAGCUUUUGUUUUGCUUGAAUGUCAUAGGUAAAAUGUACUCCCAAGAUUUUAGCUGAUCGUUUAAUUUUUAUGUUGUUCAGAGUGGCUUCUUGUACGGUACAGGCCAGGUUACCCAGUAACAAAAGCUCUGUCUUUUCGUGGUUAACCUUUAGGCCAGAGCAAGUUCCAUAAUCUUCUAUAAGUUUAAGAAGGUUUGCUAGAGAGAGGUCAUCCUUUAAAAACCCAGUCAGGUCAUCUGCGAAAAGACUUAAUUUGAUCUCUUCUUUAUCGACUUUAAUACCACGAAUGUCAUUACUGUUACGUAUGUUAACACAUAAAACUUCUAAUGCUAUAAUAAAUAAGUAAGCAGAGAGAGGAUCUCCCUGUCUUACUCCUCUUUCAACUGCAAAGGAUGAAGUUGCAAAGCCAUUAUUUAAGACACAACUCGAGACAUUCUUGUAAAAAGUGUGGAUCCAUUGAAUAAAAGAUGGUCCAAAACCAAAAACGGAUAACGUUCGAAAUAAGAAGUCCCUACUAACUGUGUCAAAAGCUUUUUUAAAAUCUAUACAAACCAUUCUUCCGUCAAUACUGUAUCUCUUUGAGAAUUCCAUAACGUCCUCUAUGGUUCUAACCGCGUCGAAAAUGGUUCUACCCUUUACAUAUGCAGAUUGAUUGAAAUGUAUGAUGUUUGGUAAAACAUUCUCCAAUCUCUUGGCAAUGGCUUUUGAACCGAUUUUAACAUCGACAUUAAUAAGCGAAAUCGGUCUCCAGUUUGAUAAGUCCCUUUUGUCUUUGUCCUUCUUUUCUAUUAGGGUAAUAAUGGCUUCUUUCUGAGAGUUUGAGAGCUCACCAUGAUCAUAAGAGUAGUUUAAGCUGUCUACUAAUAGCUGUCCUAAGAGGCCCCAAAAAGCCCUGUAAAAUUCGACUGUUAGUCCGUCAUUGCCUGGUGACUUGUUACUUUCAAACAGCUGAAGACUUUUGUAACACUCUUCAACCGUUAAUUUUCCCUCGCAAAUUUGAACAUCAGUAUCAGAGAGUUUUGGCAUUUCAGGAUUGUUUAAAAAAGAGUUUAACGUGUGUUCAGAUGGGCUAAGAGGGUCACGCUCACAAAGAUUAGAAUAAAAAUUUUGAAUUUCUUGCAAUAUUUUUUUAGGAUCCGUGAUUAGAACUCCAUUAUCGUCAAAAACCCUACGGACAGAACUCUUAGCUUUCUUAUGUGUUUCAAGGUUUAAAAAGAACUUAUUGCUUUUUUCUCCUUUUUCAUACCAAGUGGCUUUCGAUCGGAUUAUAGCACCUUUUGCUAUCUGCUCAUAGAUAGAAUCAUAUUCCAUUUUUAACAAUUCAAACUCUUCCUGGUUCUCAGGAGUUGGUGAACUACCGCAUCUCUCUUCCGAAAUCUUCAAAGAAGCCUCAAUAUCAGAGAUCUUUCUUCUCCUUUCACGUGCUUUUUCUUUGCUAUACUUUAUUGUAAUUUGUCUAAUCCUGUACUUAAUUAAAUCCCACAACAGCCUUUUAUCUAUAACGCCUUUGAACUCCUCUAACCACAAAGGCAUACUUUCAUUUAUCAGUGCAACAAAGUCGUCGUCAUUUACAAGACUAGCAUUAAACUUCCAGAAAGAGGGGCCGUGUUUUGGUUUGUCUAUGCUAUUAAGAUGGAGAAAAAUUGCCGAAUGGUCUGAAUUUAUCGAAGGAAUGAUAUCGGACUUCUCAAUGUCGUCUUGGCAUACAUCGCUAAUCAGCCAAUAAUCAAGUCUUCUUUGAAUGAAAGGAUUUCUUUGACGCCACGUAAAGCGUUUAGAGUCCGGAUUUCGUAUGCGCCAAAUGUCAACCAAAUCAAAAUCCAGGCAUAAGUCUUGUAUGUGUUUUACAGAAUCUUUUCUGAAAGGUCUACCACCGGAACAGUCAAGAUCAGAGUCGAGUGUUACAUUAAAGUCUCCCCCGAGAAUAAUUCUAAGCUCUUCAUUAACGACGCGGUCUUCAAUAUUUUUGUUUAACUUAUCAAAAAAACGGCAUUGGUCUUGAACCUUGUUUGGAGCAUAAAUAUUUACAAACAAAAAUGGCGAACCUUGGACCUCAGCUUCAAUUAUAAUGGAGCGGCCCUCGUCAUCACAACUAAUAGUUCUUGGAUUAAAAUCUAAGUCACUUCUCACUAGAAUCAUCACUCCACAACUAUGAUUAGAGCCGUGAGCAAAAAAGAGCUUACCUCUCCAUUGUGUUCUCCAAAUGUCUUCAACGUCAACAGUGCUAUAGGUCUCUUGAAGGAAGAUAAUAUCAUACCUCCGUUCAUUUAGCCAGGUAAAAAGGGCUUUCCUUUUCGUGGCGGCUCGAACCCCUCGCACAUUAAGAGAAAGUAAUUUAAAAUCAAAAAGUUCUUUCAUGAAUGGGAUCAGGAAGAAAAAAUAAAUUAUGCGCAUACAAAUAAUUUUCACCGCAGUGGUACAAAAAAUUGAAAAGAGGUGGCAACUGAGGUGCAAAAACACACAGCACGUAGGUAGACAAUACACACAAAACGCACAAACUCCUGCGAGCAUUUCGAAGAUCCGUUCCAAUUGUGUCGCGAUUUUUUCUGUCAUACUACGCCAAUGUUCGGUUCCGAACGAGGACUGUUGCAAGCCUUUUUUCCUUCUGGAGAGCAAAUAUCGCUAUCAGAGCUGAUACUAACACUUGCCUUCGUUUUCCGUUUACAACUUUGAGCCAUAGACUAGGUUUAAGGACUACAAAUUUUUAAGAAAGGACAAAAAGUUCACGGGAGUGAAACAUCCGUCUUCACUCGCACAUGGUCGCCCCAGUCUCCCCAAGCAUUUUUAUGCCUGGCACAAAGUAUUCUGGUAACACGAGCUCAACCACACAUACCUGAGAUUUGUCUGUCAACACUUUCGGUGAAUCACACAAUAAAUGACUUUUGCGGCAAUCACAGCACUUCCGAAAAUCACUCAUAAUACUUCCACACUUAACACGGGCGAAACAUCAUCAAAUUACUCCGUAAAACUCUCGCUUUCUCCACAUAAAGCGUCACAUGGUACUUUUCUCGACUCACUGACAGUCGAUUUAUUCAAGAUCCCGGAUGUAAACCAGCGGUUGAAAAGGAGACAUACAGCCCCCACCUUGCACACAAUUUUUUUCUAAGUCUUUGGCCUGGUCAGAAACCAGCAUGAUUUUCCAUCUUGUCGAAUAGAUUUCAACCCUAGAACCUACUUUGUGAGGCCAAAGACUUGUUACUUCCAACAACAAAGCUCGCAAUAUCCAAUCUUUCCGUCUCAAGCCGGGGAUCAGUCUUUCACCCAAGUAGCCCGAAAUGAGACGAAAUACCAGAAGAUAUUUGACGCAGCAGACUUUGCCAGACGUGAGAAUUGUUCCUUCAUAAGGCUUAAUGAUGCCUUCUGGAAAACUUUGCCAAGGCAGCCAAAAAAACUUUGUAAGACAACCCACUAUGAGAGCCAAUUAAGUUCAGUCUAAUACGCGCACUGAUUUCAAACUGACACACAGAGAGAAUUAUGGGAAGUUAUGAAAAACAUUUUGUUUUGGGGGAGGGGGGUAAUAAGUUAAUAGCCAGUGAGAAACUCAUCAAAGUGUAUCUACUGUGGCCUAUUCGGUACUGAUUAAAUAAAUAAAAAGUAUUAAACUAUGAAAAAAAAACAUACUUCACUACAAGACUCAGUCAGAGGGUAUAUAAGAGAGAUAUCUGUAGCCAUGUUUUUGCAAAUCCAGACAGAUAUAUAUAUAUAUAUUAUAUGUAUAUAUAUUAUAUCCCAUUAGGUUCAGUUUACUGUUUUUCGAAUUUAUAUUAUCUGUAGCCUAUAGAGAAGGGGAGCUCAAAUUGUUGUGUACUUCAAAAAUUUGCACUGUGUGAACAAAGAUCUCAUGAAACACUGUCUAUUUUGAUCAAUAAUUUGUUCUUUUUAGGAAGAAAGUCUACAAAGCAAGAAAACAACUACCUGCUAUUGACUGGAACUAUCACCUCGAUAUUCCUGAACAAGAAGAUGUGCUAGGCGAGGUUGCCGUGACCCGGAAGUACAACCAAAGAACAAAGAGAAGGAAAAUUGUAAAGCAGGCCAAAGACUAUGGUUAUAUUUGGAUGCUUCUGGCUAAAGUGUUUCGCCUACGUGUGGAGGAUAAUGAAAAUAUGCAGAGAUGAUCCAAGGAGGAUAGCCCCUCCAAUAAUUGCUGUGGUGCCACCCCCACCUUCAUGUGAGCUCUUUAUUCAGCACAGCAGCAGGUUUAAGAAAAACUAGGAAACAUUCAUGAAUGAUGUAAAAUAUGGAACAAAAUAAUAUGGAACAUUUGUGUAUUCAUGUGCAGUGUAAGAAAAUAUUCAUCAAAGAAGGAUUGUCAUGUAUGACGGACAAUAAGCAACAGUGAUGUUUUGGACAAUAAAUAUAACCUAUGAGAAUUGUUUAAUAAUUUUAAUGCACAAUAUAUGGAAC